AUGGUCAAAGACGCCAAAGAUUUGGGGAAAUAUGAAGAUUUCCUACACCAAAUGAGAAGGGCCUUUACCACGACAGAUCAAGAAGAAGAUGCACAUCAAGAAUUCUUGGGAAUGCUCAAGAAAUAUGACAAGGUCUUGGCAGUAGACACUGCCAAGUUCAUUGGAGAGUUCAGAGGUCUAGCAGACCUCGUGAAUUCAACAGAUAGUGAAUUAAUCUUAGCAAUCAGAGAUCGAUUGCACAAAGAGAUUAAAAAUGUCCUUGCAGCCAGAGGAAGUUCCCAGUGGCCCAAGAAAUGGUCGGAGUACUGUGACUACGUACUCAACAUUUGCAAAGACAUGGGGAUUCACCAGUCUGUAUCUUCAAUGGGACCGGCAUCUAAAGAUCCGAAUGCCAUGGAGGUGGAUAAUACAUCCAAGCAGAAGCAGUCUGGCUCCAAGCCGACUCAACAGCAAAGGAGCACUUCUGACCCAAGGAAGAGGCAGGAGGGCAAUGCGUUGAGCAUGCAGGAAGCACAGAAAAAAGGUGUAUGUUACAUUUGCGGCAAACCCAGACACUGGGGCAAAUUGUGCCCUAGUAAGAAAACAGGAGACUCUGCGGCUAGGCCUGCAGCAGCAAAUACGACUUCUAGUACUGGAGGUAGCAAAGGGAAAUCACCAGAUUUCUCUAAACCCCACGACAAUGAUUCUGACGUAGAGAUUCAAGUUGUGCGGAAAUCCAAGGGAACUGGCAACCCUCCAAAACCAGUAAAGGCCAUUGAAGCGGCAGCAGUAACGCCUGAGGCAACACCUGGCCCUUCAAAGAAAAAACACCGGAAGGUCAAGAUCACGAAGAUUGUUGAGCCUUCACGCUCGCCAAGUCCGUCAGGUCAUAUCUCGGAGAUAGACUCUGAUGAGGAUAACGAGCAGGGUUUUGGUCGAUGCCUGUUGUAG